GCAUUGCAAAAUUUGCUCUUCGGGUUAGAGCUACCUUUUCCUCGUAGGCUUAAUUCUCACCAUGUCUGAAACCGCUCCUGCCGAGACUGCUGCUCCAGCUCCUGUGGAGAAGUCUCCCGCCAAGAAGAAGACGGCGAAGAAGGCUGGCGCGGCGAAGCGCAAGGCCACCGGUCCCCCGGUGUCCGAGCUCAUAACUAAGGCUGUGUCUGCGUCUAAGGAGCGCAGCGGCGUGUCCCUGCCUGCGCUUAAGAAGGCUUUGGCUGCUGGUGGCUACGACGUGGAAAAGAACAACAGCCGCAUCAAGCUUGGGCUCAAGAGCCUGGUGAGCAAGGGGACCCUGGUGCAGACUAAAGGCACCGGCGCCUCUGGGUCCUUCAAGCUCAACAAGAAGGCGGCUUCUGGAGAGCCCAAGCCCAAGGCUAAGAAGGCUGGCGCGGCCAAGGCCAAGAAGCCUGCAGGUGCCACCCCGAAAAAACCUAAGAAGGCUGCGGGGGCAAAGAAGACCGUGAAGAAAACUCCAAAGAAAGCAAAGAAGCCCGCGGCGGCAGGAGUAAAGAAAGCUGCCAAGAGCCCCAAGAAGGCCAAGGCUGCCACCAAGCCGAAAAAGGCAGCUAAGAGCCCGGCAAAGCCCAAAGCAGUGAAGCCAAAGGCAGCGAAGGCUAAGGUUUCAAAGCCGAAGACAGUUAAGCCUAAAGCUGCUAAGGCGAAGAAGACUGCUUCCAAGAAGAAGUAGGCUCGCUUCUGUCAGCAACAAAGCCCCAAAGGCUCUUUUCAGAGCCACCCAGAUAGC